AUGCACCCGCGCGAAUCAUCGCACGGUGGAGCUUGGUAUGUGAAUAGUGUGUCCCAGAAGAUGAUGCGGUGUACGAUAAGAGGUGGGGCUUCCGUGUGGUCGGCAUCAGCAUCAGAAUCAGAGUCAGAGUCGGCGGUGUAUGUAGUAGACAGGGUGUUCCUUCUUCGAGUGUAUAGUAUCGAUGCGCUUUGCUCCGUGAUGGACCGCUGCAAGGCCUAUUGUAUUCAGCAGUGGCCUCACGGCCCCACACACGUUUGA